UUUUUUUUCUUCAUUCUCUCUUUUUCUUUCUUUCUUUCUUUUUCUACUGAGUUCCACCAUUUCUCUGGUCAAUUCCACAGUUCAAAGUCAUCGUCCAACCAUUUCUCUCUCCAACAAUUGACCAAAUACUAGAUUUUCUCACCAACCAAACAUCCAAAUUUUUAUCUCUACCCAGAUCCUUGCUAUAAAUGCGACGAAUUGUCUCUCCUAAUUCUCAGCCGAUGUUUUCUUCUUCUUCUUCUUCUUUGUCUUGGUCGACUCCAACUCCGACUCCGACGACGACAUUGACGUCGAUGACCGAGACGGUGUAUGGGUCCCACCUGUUCAACAUCUCAGGGUACUCGCUCUCGAAAGGUAUGGGGAUCGGAAAAUGGGUGGCGUCCGAUACUUUCACCGCCGGCGGGUACUCUUGGACAAUUUUUUUUUACCCGGACGACAAGAAUGUGCAGGACAAUGCUACGUAUGUUUCGCUGUUUAUAGGUUUGGCGAGCGAAGGCACUGAUGUGAGAGCGCGUUUUGAACUGAAGUUUUUGGAUCAGAGUGGGAAAGAGAGGCAUAACGUUCUGGAUGGGAAAGAGAGGCCUUACACGUUCAGUAAUCGCGGUAAAAUGUGGGGUUACGAGAAAUUUUUCAAAAGAACUGAUCUAGAGACAUCUGACUACCUCAAAGAUGAUUGUAUCAAGGUUCACUGUAGUGUAGGUGUUGUGAGAUCAUACACCAAGGGUCCUAAGAUCUACUCUAUUGCAGUACCACCUUCUAACAUUGGUCAGAAUUUGGGGCAGCUAUUUGAAACUGGAAAGGGAACAGAUGUGAAUUUUGAAGUUGAUGGGAAAACUUUUGCUGUUCAUUCUGAAGGGCAUAGUUCUGAUUAUGAAGGUUCAUUGCUUGAAAGGACUGCUUCUCAACCCUCUAGUCAUGUUGAAGACCCUAGUGGUUCUUUCCUGGAUAGGUACCCUCAGUUUCCUCCGUGGUCAUGCCAAGUGAAGAAUCAAGAUGGAUCUAUCAGAUGUAUGCAACUUGAAAGGCCGAAGCAAGCUCCAAACGUUCCAUGGACCGGCCCGAUUGGGGCUGAUCUUUUUGAUGAGUGCAUGUUGAUGAUUGAAUCUCUAAAACAAGCUGUUUAUACCCAAUCGGACCAAAAGGUCUCUUCGAGGGCCCAGUUGGCAGAGUCUUUUAUUCAAACUUUGGAGAAAUGUUUUGAAGGGCUUAGAGUUGGAGUUGGUCUCUUACAGCGGGAUAACGAAGGAGGUUCCAGGAGUCGUGGUACGAAGUCAUCUAGACGGGAUAAUGGAGGAGGUUCUGGGAGUCGUGGUACGAGGUUGUCUCGUCGAAGGACCUUGAAGUUGUCUCGUCGAAGAACCCGAGGUCCUUCGACACCUUCCAAUGAAGAUGAAAACAAUCAGCUCGGCCAAUUCCUUGCAAAACAAAGAAACUUGCUUUUCCUUGUGUUUUUGUUUAUGUUUAUGUUUUUGUUUUUUCUUUUUGUUUUUUUUGUUUUUUGGUAAGUGAUGUAGGGGUGUUUAAAAACUGCUCUGAUCACACGGCUGCAUCACACCAGCGGCUGAAGAUUCUUGAGGCCCACUUUUAUUUAUUUAUUUCUUGUUGCUAAAA